UCAGACAGCGGUGGGCCGGCCGGCUGGUGUUGGUGUUGUGCUGCCUUCCCUUCCCUCCCCCGGUUACAGGUGUCCGGCUGCAGGAGCGGCUCUGCCUGCGGGUCUGUGUGUGAGUGAGAGAGAGAGCAGCAGCGCCGCCAUGUCAGCCGAGGCCGAGAGCACCACGAAGGAGCCCGGCGCGGGCAAGGACGGUGAGGACGAGGAGCAGUGGCUGUAUGGAGAUGAAAACGACCCCAAUAAACAGGAGGAUGAACCGGCAGUUGACAGCAUGGAAGCUCCUGCUCCAACUGCUGCUAUGGAAGAAGCUAGAGGGAAUGGUGUGGUGAAAAUGAAUCCUGCAGUUGAAGGGGAGGAUGAAAGUGACAGUGAUAGUGAUGAUGACGAUGAUGAUGUUCAAGUCACCAUUGGGGACAUUAAAACUGGAGCACCACAAUAUGCCUAUGGCGUAACACCUGUAAAUCUCAAUAUCAAGUCUUCCGGUAGACUUUAUGGAUCAGGGACAAAAUCUGGAAAGGGAGUUGAUCUUGAUGCACCUGGUGACAUCAAUGGAAUCCCAACAUUAGAAAUAGACUUGGAUUCUUUUGAAGAUAAACCUUGGAGAAAACCAGGUGCUGAUCUUUCUGAUUAUUUCAAUUAUGGUUUCAAUGAAGAAACCUGGAAAGCUUACUGUGAGAAACAAAAACGACUGAGAAUGGGUCUUGAACCUCUGCCUCUUGCCUCCACAACAAAUAGAAUCACAGUACAACAGGGUAGAACUGGAAAUCCUGAUAAAGAACCAGAGAUACCAACCACCAAAAUGGAUUUCCCUUCUCCUCCAAAUCGUUUCAGAGCAGGACCUCCACCCAACAGGUUAGAAAAUAGACAAAGAAGGCUGUCUGGGUCCAUAGAGGUUAUUGGAGGCCAAUUAAUAACCAUUGCCCGCGUGGAAGGUCGACGUCGUGAUAGAGGUGGCGCAGAUGAAAAUGCCAUCCAGGUUCUUGGAGACCAUGCAGUACCAGAAUUUAAUAACAACAACGCUGCAAAGCGUCCUUCAUUUAUGCCUCCAGGGGCACCUCCGCCUCAUAUGACUGGUCCACCUCCCCUGUUCCUGCCCCCUCCUCCUCCUGUCAACACGGGGCCUCCACUUCUCCAUCCACCAGGAAUGCCUUUAACUGCACCACCUCCAGGUUUCCUGCCUCCACCUGGAGCUCCACCACCUUCACUUGUACCACUAGAAAGACUACAGUCGGCAUUGACAAGUGGACCUACAACAUACAACAGCCGAACCGCUCCCCCAUUUGGUUAUCCAACCAAUGAUUAUGGAAAUCUAUCAUAUCCUAACAUCCCAGCUUCCUCCUGGAGCGCCUUAAUGGACAACAACAAUAAACAACCGGCACAACAGCAGCAGCAGCAGCAGCAGCAGCAGCAGCAGCAGCAACAGCAACAGCAUUGGGAUUAUUAUCCACGGAGAGAGAGAGAAAGGGAGCGUGAACGAGAACGCACCAGGGAGAGGGAGCGAGAUCGGGACAGGGAGCGGGAGCAUGAGCGGGAACGUGACCGAAGCCCUAGUUCAAGUGCCUAUAAUGGAUCUUGUUCCAAUCUUAGACCGCCUUCCUUACUGUCCACCGUACCAGCAAUUCUGUCUGAAGUGUCUCGACCCAAAACAUCGCCUAUUCCUUUUCUCCAGAGACGCUGUCUGACCAGUAGUGAAGAAAAUCGUUACCGACACAGAGAAUAUUCCUCAGAUAAAGGUUAUGAUCGUGAGUACCAUCACAGAGAUAAAGUUAGCAGAGAAAAAGAAGAUAGACACAAAGAACGUAGACACCGUGACAAAGAGGAGGGGAGACACAAAUCUUCCAGAAGCAGCAGCAGACGGCGCCAUGACAGUGAAGAGGUUGAUGGUCAUAAACGACAUAAACACAAGAAAUCUAAGAGGAGCAAGGAAGACAAGGAAGCCAGUGAAGAGCGUUCCCAAGAGCCUGAGCCAAGUGAAGCUGCGAGCAGUAAUUAGAUAUUUUGCUCCUUGGCUGUUGUCUUCUUUAUUGUUUAAAAAAAAUAGGAAGAAAAAUGUUGGAAAUGCUUAAAAAUCAUUCAGGUAAUGACAAAUUUCAUCUGAAUUUCUGAAGAUAUCAGAACUUCAAUAUUUUGAAAGACUAUUGAAGAGUGGUGCUUCUCAGCACCAAUUGUGUUGUUAAUAACUAAAUUACUAUGUUUGUAUUAGUUUAUUGAAGAUGAAUACAAUUUCUGCAUUCUUGUUUAAAAGUAAUGUUUUACUUUUGACAGUUGUUUAUUGGAAUCGUAGCUUUCCUUUAAAGGAUGUACUUUUACUCGAACAGUCAUUAAAUUUGCUAUUUGUCCUGUAUGCCUGUUCUGGUAAGAUUUUGCUUGGCUAUAACUAUGACCAUACUUUGCUUUGUAGGUUUCACUACUCUUUUAGAGAGGGACAGAGAGAAUAAGUUAUGAAAAGACAGCAUCAAGUAGACAUUAGCCCACAGUUUCAUCGAACACCACAAACUAACUGUGGCACAUGUGCCAGACCUCUCUUUACCUGGACUCUUCCGUUUUAACCUUUUAGCUUUAAACCAGCCAUAGCUGUUGGAUCUAAAACAGCUCCUCUCAUUAGAACAUUCACAAAAUAUUGUGAUUUGUUUUAACUUAAUUUUCGUUUAUUAAUUUACUGCUUAUUUAAUGUGAAUUUUGUUCACUUUUUGUUGUUUUUCCCCAAAUGUCUCUGAGCGUAGACAAUUGGAAACAGUGGAAAAGGUAUUGGGCAAGUCGUUCGGCAAACCUUUUAUUUCCAUUGCUUGCAGCCAGGCCUGAAUCAGUGUGAUCCAAUCCACUGUACAUUAAUCUGCAACACUACUUUCUGCUUAUUUAAUGUGAAUUUUGUUCACUUUUUGUUGUUUUUCCCCAAAUGUCUCUGAGCGUAGACAAUUGGAAACAGUGGAAAAGGUAUUGGGCAAGUCGUUCGGCAAACCUUUUAUUUCCAUUGCUUGCAGCCAGGCCUGAAUCAGUGUGAUCCAAUCCACUGUACAUUAAUCUGCAACACUACUUUCCAUGAAUAUCCAAUAUGAAUUGAACCCAAAAAUGGUGGUAGAAGUUAUGAUAUUUCAUCCUUACUUAAAUACUACAAGUAUCAGCACAUGCUUUAUGAAACUGCACCAAAUUUGUUCGGCCACAAUGUUUGCAGUUUAUAUAAACCAGUCAGAAAUACAAUAUUUUGCCCGGUUUCUUUUCAGUUACAGUAAAAUAAUGUAAACUCUUAAUUAGCAGAGAUAAGAUUUAUUGUAGUUCUGCCACUCUUCCAAGAUACUUUUUUUCUCAAAAUAAGACUUUUUUUGACGUGACAAUUACAGAGAACCCAUUCACCAACACACCUGGAGUAUUCAUUGCAAUCCAAAAUGCAAUAGUGAAUAUUUUCAGUCCUGAAUUUAAUUUAAGAUUGCACUUCCUAAGUGCAUUAAUGCAUUGUGUUCCAUUUUUUUUCUUUAAGCAUCCUGUCCCAGUUGAGUUUACAAGCAAAUAGACUAUAUCUUCAGAAAAUAUAAUUUAAAAAUCAUUUGGGACUCCCGGUGUUUAUAGAAACGCAUACAAAAUUAAUUAUAUUGCUAUUUGAGUAUCAGGGUUUUCAAUGAUGUGGUUCCUUGGCAGAAUCAUUGGCUUUGACUAAUUUUAGUUCCGUAUUCUUAAUAUCAAUAUAAUCCAUUCUAGAGACGGCUGCCAGGCCAAGAUGCCACAGUGAGAGUAACUUUUCCUCUUAUUUCUUUAAGUAUCUUCACCAGACAAGAGUGAGUUAUUCCAGAGGUAUUUCUUCCAUUGAUUGCCAAAAUUACAUCUCCGCAUCUGCAACAAGAUAAUAUAUGCAUAAUGCUUAAUAGCUAGUUAAUGUCAAUUGAACCAUAAAUUGUUAUAAAGUAGAAGAGAUUGACUUACUUUGGUAAUCUAUAGUAAAUAAUUAUCUUGGUCUGAUAUUGAGAUAUUUUAUUGAUUAUCAAAUGAAGUUCUUCUGCUACCAUCUAACAGCAGAGAUGCAUUCUCUGCACCUAUGUCCCAAUUGUUCUUCCCAUUUGUUCACUGUUCCAAAUUUUAGAGGUUCAAAAAUGCCUAAAUAAUGAAUCUAUUGGGUAGAUUCAGCAGCCUGCUUGGUGUUUUUUUAUUUUUCAUUGAAGCUUAGUAAAUUUCAAAUUUACAAAUCUAAAUAAGGGUCUAGUAGAAAGGGGAUUCGGGUGAACAUAGUGACAUUUUAUCAGUACUGGUAAAUGGCUGGGCAAAAGCUUUCACUGGUUCAUCUAAUGACCUAGAGGGCACAAAUUCAGGCUGACAUUUGGGUGAUUAAUUUUAUUUUGGGUGUUUGGAGAAUCAAGAGGGAUACUGAGAUAAUGGAUCACCUGGUUCUCACUGAAUAGCGGAAUGGAUGUGAGGUAUUAUGGCGUAUUCCUCCGAGCUCGUGUUCUUGCAUAGCAUUGACAGGGCUGUUCUAGUGGAGAUGGUGUAUUUCAUGUGAUGCCACCAUCUGCACACUGGUAGCUGCAUGCACUCUCUGCACCUGGGUCAUUUAUAGCUGUCAGUACAGUAAACAUUCACGAUAACAUGCCUCAGUACAUUACUUCGCCCAACAAAGAUGAUAUUUUAUUUAAUUGCAACAAGGAACUCUUUCGUUUGCUUUGUGUUGAGGUAUUUUGUUAGGUUCCCUGGCUUAGUCAAAUGCUUCGAAUUCUCAGAACUGGUUUACAACUUUUGACAAGCACCCUUUUAAGAACUACGAAAAAGCAGUUCAGUAAAACAGAAUUGCCUACUUUGGAAAGGGGGCAUAAAAUGUAAGUAAAUUCAGAAAUGUAGCGAUAGAACCAGAUGGGAAGUUUUUUUCUUAGCUGUGUAGGGUACGAUGCUAGAGGGAUUCCAAAAUGAAGUAAAGGUUAGUUUUGCUUAUGUCAUCCAUAUUAUGAGUUGUCGUAGAUCAUAUAUCUUAGUACUAUUACAUUGCUGGGUCAAUUUGAGAUCUUGUAUAUAAAGUGAGAGCGUUGCUGCCUACUAUAUGUUUAACUACACUUUAAAAUUACUAGUAUCUUCUGCAAAGCACAAUGUAAAAUGUAAAUGCAAUCUAUACUAUUAAAGGAGUGCCACGCAGUGGUCAGUUGAAGCUGUGAGAACA